UUCCUUAAAAUGGCAUGGAAAGGAACUUCCAAGAAGUUACAGAUAUACAGAAUCACUCACAAUUACUGUAAGUGGUGAGGACCUGGUUAUGUGUGAGAGCCGUAGAAAUGUGUGUGUCAUGGACAAAAGAGACUGUGAUUCGAAACUAUCUCAUGUGCAGAGUAAAGACAGAUUUUUAAACACAACAUGUCGUUAUCAUGUUCUACAGAGAACUUUUGCAUGCAAAUGGAUUUAUUUAAGUAAUAUCAGAGCCAAAACAACAAACUCAUUCAUUUUCAGUCAACAAGAAGACUUUAGACAUUGCCCUACCAUUUUGAAUCCAGUUGCUGCUUUUAAUUUAAAUAUAAUAUCAAAGGAUAUCAUCAACAAUGUAGCGGUAAUUUCAGAAGACUAUACACUAUCGUUGAAAGCAAUAAGCCAACCUCCUCGUCCAGUCAUCUUAUCAGUGAAUGCAACAGAAACAUCCUUAAAUGUUACAUGGACUAGACGUCACUGGCACAGCACAAAAUGUCAAAUCUGUUACAAAGCCUCCACUACAGAACAAUGCACAGUUUUGCCUAUCCCUGAGGAAGAAGAGGAAUUGGAGAUUUUGCAUGUAAUUGAUGGCCUAAAGCCUUUUAGCCAGUACAGGCUUACUGUUGCCUGUAGUGGGAAUGAAGGUGUAUGGAGUGACUGGAGUGAAGAAUUUCAAGGGAUGACAUUAGAGGCUAUUCCCACUGCACCACCUUACGUCAGUUUUUAUGUUGAGCCUUCUGACAACAGAUCCAAGCCUCAAAAGAUAAUACUUAUCUGGAGGGCUUUGGAGGCAAAGGAGGCCAGAGGAGUCAUUCUUGGAUAUAAAGUGACCUGCACACCUACCAAACAGCCAGGUUUGAAUAGAACAAUUCAUACUCAGGAUCAGAAAGCUAUCCUGGAAGUGACUGCAGGAGACUGUCCCUAUGACCUGACAGUAAUGGCCUACAACACUGCUGGACUGUCUCCCCCAACUUACCUUCAAGUCAGUGCAGGUGUUUUUCAAAGUCUGCCCAAAGUAAAAGGACUUUGGGCCCACAGUGAAGCUUCUUCAUUGAUGAUCCGAUGGGAGACAGCAGCUGUGAAUGUUAGCGAGUUUGCCAUUGAGUGGUUCUCUACUAAUGAUGUUGCCUCUAAACAAUGGAGAAGACUAAAUGGUUCAACAUUUUCAACUGUUCUCACAGGUGACAUCAAUCCCCUUAAGAACUACAGCAUUACUGUUUAUUCUCUAUAUGGAACUUUGUGUGCACCCCCAGAAACGAUUCAAGCCAGUUUAGAGCAUGGCACGCUUUUAGAAAUUGUUCAGUUGCAACCUGUAAAUGUGACAAAAGCAUCCAUUACAGUCCAGUGGGUUUGGCAAAAACAAUCCUCAACUAGAAAUGUUCUUCAAUACAGACUUGUGUUAAGUGGAGCCCAAAAAUCAAACUCAUUAGUGGUUUUCCCACAUCAGUGGCAGCACUCAUUCCUCAACCUACAGACGAACACAAAGUACACUGUAUCCAUUUAUGGCGAGACUACAUCUGGGAACUUUUCAAAGGCCAAUAUUGAAUUUACAACACUGCGUUUUGAAAGUGAUGAAAUAAUAAAAGCUGCUGUUCCAGUAGUACUUCUUAUUCUUGCAUUCAGCAUUUUCUCUGUUCUCAGCAGAACUGUCUAUAAGAACUACUUUUUUCCCAAAAUCGCCAACCCUGGGCAUAGUCUUAUUGGACACUGGCUGCUAAAUCCUUCAUGUGAGAGGGAGACAGUGUUGAAUGUGCUAAAAAUGGAGGAUUUCUUGGUGAACAACCAAUUCAGUGAAAAGAGUAUCAUUCACAUAGAGCCCAAAAUGUCCUUAGGUGGAGACAGUUGUGAUAAAUACAUAACCAUGUCAAAUAUGUCUCUUCAUGAUAAUGAACCUAAAGAAAAUGCAGACAGUUUGGAGAAUUCUUUCACUCCACCUGGUUUUAGCGAGUAUGUUGACCUGCCUCUACUUCAUGCUAAUUUUAGUUAUGUUUAAAACACCUGAGCUACCUAACCUUUUUCCUUUUAAGUGAAAAAGUGACAAAUAAGAGUAAUCAGACACUUUUUAACUAUUAAAGUAACUGUAACAUUACUUUCUAAAAAGCUGUAUUUAUAAUACAAUCAAUAUAAUUAAAUCAAUAUUUACUGUAAAUAGCAUGCCAUAUAAAUUUUAUACAUUAUACAUCCUAAUAUGUAUAAUAUCCAUUUGCAGUUAGAUAUCUUUCCCACAUUGUUAAUAUAUUGCAUAAUAUUAUUGUGUUUUAACUAUACUUCCUUUUGAUGCCGUUACCUUGUGCAUACAAUGAAUAAAAUGCAACGGAGCACGAUGUUACUGUAUAUAUGGAACUCCAAAGUGUUCAAAAAUUAAAUAAAUAAAUAGGACAUGAUGAAAUAAAUAACUCUAUGAAUAAAUAAGACACAUACUGUACAUGUAAUAUGAGAAUGAUAUUGUGAAAUAAUGGAAAAUAUUUUGAAAAAAAGCUUAUUAUUGUGAAAUAUAUUGCACUCUGCAAAUAAAUUUUUCCAAUAACCGAGAUUAUUGCAGGAGCAUUUUAUUUAAUUCAUGCUGUUUUUAUUUCAAAAUGUAAUUUUUUCACGAUGGUCGUUCUGUCCAUCAGCGCCAGUAGGUUGGACCUGCGCGCCAAUUGGCUGAUCCUUUAACAUCGAUUAGUUUUCCUGAAUACCUGCUCCGCGGACCGCCACUACAGCUAGCAAUAACGUUUUGUAACGGCCACCACUAUAUUGUAUAUCACAUCAUGUAUGUACAGUAUGUUGCCCUUUAAGAGCUGCCGCGCGUGUCCGCUGAGGAAGUGUGCGCGUGAGGAGGAGAGAACGGAGCAGGAGCUCAGCUGUGCUGCUCCCCACCGAAACGCUCUAUUGUUUUACCCUUUUCUUUACUUUUACUGUAUGUUUUGUGUUAUAACUUUGUGACGCUGAUAAAGGUUUUGUGCUGAACGC